UGCAGCGCUGCUUUCCGUUUCAUUCUGGAUAUCACCUCUGAAAGGACUGCAAUAGAAGGUGUCCUCCAGGAACCCGCAUUUCAUCGCUUGAGGAUUUUUCUUCCAGUCUCUGAAUUAGUUUUUAAAGUAUCACUUGUCUGUUGUUGGAUUUCUCCAUAAAGCUCUGUUGGAUUUACCGGAUCAGUAUGCACAUAGUGAUAUAGACGACUCAGUUUGUGUUCCCCCAGCAGUAUUGAUUUCUCUAUCGGGCAUUCUCGUCUCGCUACACCUGCUGGGAUUAUUCUGCGCCAGCAUUGAGAUCAGGGUUACUUGCUUAAGUGGCGGCCACAUCUCCCCACCGCGCCGCUGACAGUACAGAGGUCAUAGAGGGCCGAGGUGGGCCCGGGCGGCCCCCUGCUCCCCAUGUGUGUGAGGGGGAGCCGCAGAGCCGCUGGGCCUGGGAGAGAGAACCAGGCGGAGGAGACGGUGGAAGAGGCGAGCGUAUGGAGAGCAGUGGAUGCAGCCCCUUCCCCCUGUGCUGGGCUCGCAGAGCCUGCGUCUACUCCUACACAUCUCCUCUGCCAAAAUAUGACAGACACCUAGCAUCUCCCAACGGCAUGGCAACAGGAUACCCGGACCCUAAUGUAAAUAACCAUGGCCUGAAUCAGGGGGUGAAACCACGCUUCAGUGGAGGAAUGGAGCGGCCGCCCGGGACGCUGGAGCGUGUGCUCAAAGUCUUCCACUAUUUUGAAAACAGCAGUGAACCCUCCACAUGGGCCAGCAACAUCAGACAUGGAGAUUCCACUGACAUCAAGGGGAUCAUCCAAAAGAUUGUGGACAUCCACAAGGUCAGGUGUGUUGCGUGCUUUGGCAUGCGGCUCAGCCAUCUGAAGACCGGCGAGAUUCACUGGCUCCACCCUGACAUGGGUGUCUCACACGUGAGGGAGCGAUACGAGCGCCGCCACCCACAGGACGAGUGGAGAUAUGAGCUGCGGAUACGCUACCUGCCGAAAUCAUUCCUAAACCAGUUUACUGAAGACCAGCCAGCACUAAACUACUUUUACCACCAGGUGAGAAGCGAUUAUAUGACGGAAGUAGCUGAUCAAGUCGAUCAGGACAUUGCACUUAAACUGGGCUGCCUUGAAAUCAGGAGGUUUUUCAGAGAGAUGCCAGGAAAUGCCCUUGAUAAAAAAUCCAACUAUGAAUUACUAGAAAAAGAUGUCGGUCUGAGGAGAUUCUUUCCCAAAAGCUUGUUGGACUCAGUCAAGCCGAAAUCAUUACGGAAGUCGAUCCAGCAGACUUUUAAGUUGUUUGCCAACCAUAAUGAUGAGCAGAGCAUUGUCAAGUUCUUUGAAAUCCUGUCACCAAUUUACAGAUUUGAUAAAGAAUGCUUUAAGUGUGCUCUUGGGUCCAGCUGGGUGAUAGCAGUAGAGCUAGCCAUUGGCCCUGAGGAAGGAAUCAGCUACCUCACUGACAAAGGCUCAGCCCCGACACACCUGGCCAACUUCACACAGGUGAAGAGUAUUCAGUUUGAGGAACAGGAGAAGAAGGGCAUUCUGCAGUUGGAUGUAGCUGGCGCAGCAGAGCCUCUAAAGGUGACGACACCAUGUGUGAGCACCGCAGAGAAUAUGGCUGACCUGAUCGAUGGUUAUUGCCGUCUCGUCAACAAAACUUCAUUAUCCUUCAUCGUACGUGUGCAAAAAGAGGGAGAAAGAGCACUGCCUUCAAUCCCAAAGGCUCCGAAAGCCUCGAACCAUGACAAACGACUACAGAGCGUCAGAGCCAAGGCCGUCUCUGUCUCAGAUGAGAUUAGUGGAGACGAGACAGACGACUAUGCAGAGAUCAUAGAUGAAGAGGACACAUACACCAUGCCCUCCAAAUACUAUGGACUAGAUGAAGCCAGGGAUUAUGAGAUCCUGAGAGAGAGAAUUGAGCUUGGCCGCUGUAUAGGAGAAGGCCAGUUUGGAGAUGUCCACCAGGGAGUCUACGUUUGUCCGGAUAGUCCUGCCCUCUCUGUGGCCAUAAAGACUUGCAAAAACAGCACGUCAGACAGCGUCCGAGAGAAAUUUCUCCAGGAGGCCUUAACAAUGCGCCAGUUUGACCAUCCGCACAUUGUGAAAUUGAUCGGUGUCAUCACAGAAAAUCCAGUGUGGAUCAUUAUGGAGCUCUGCACAUUGGGAGAGUUACGUUCGUUCCUGCAAGUGCGGAAGUACAGCUUGGACUUGGCAUCGCUGAUCCUGUAUUCCUACCAGCUCAGCACAGCACUCGCCUACUUGGAGAGCAAACGCUUUGUGCACAGGGACAUAGCUGCGAGGAAUGUGCUGGUGUCAUCUGUAGACUGCGUGAAACUGGGCGACUUUGGCCUGUCCAGAUACAUGGAGGACAGCUCCUAUUAUAAAGCCUCUAAAGGGAAACUGCCUAUUAAAUGGAUGGCGCCAGAAUCCAUUAACUUUAGACGCUUUACGUCAUCCAGUGAUGUGUGGAUGUUUGGCGUGUGUAUGUGGGAGAUACUGAUGUAUGGAGUGAAGCCCUUUCAAGGCGUGAAAAACAAUGAUGUGAUUGGCCGUAUUGAGAAUGGCGAGCGACUGGCCAUGCCGCACAACUGCCCCCCCACCCUGUACAGUCUGAUGACCAAGUGCUGGGCUUACGACCCAAGCAAACGGCCUCGCUUCAACGAGCUCAAAGCACAGCUGAGCACCAUCCUUGCGGAAGAGAAGGCUCAGCAGGAAGAGCGCAGUCGGAUGGAGAUGAGGAGGCAGGUGAACGUGUCCUGGGAUUCAGGAGGAUCAGACGAGGCACCACCAAAACCUUCACGCAGACCCUCUCUGCAGCACAGUGUUAGCUUGGACUGUCUGUCUGCUGCUUCUGCAUGUCAGCAGUCUUUCGGCUCCCAGCUCUCCCUCUGCUUCCUCCAACCCCCUGCUGUUUCUCCGCUGCUCCCACUCCCAAUAGUGCUGAACUCCCAGAAUCCCAGGCUGCCCCCACAUGUGUCCAGGCUCAGCAGGAGGCCCUCCAUACCACCCACAGUGGCCCUAACUGGGCAAACCCUGAACCAGCAUGCUUACUGUCCCUCUCUACAGCCCAGCAGACCUGGUUAUCCAAGUCCACGCUCAAGUGAAGGUUUCUACCCCAGUCCUCAACAUAUGGGCCAGCACAAUCACUUUCAGAUGGGAGGCUACCCAGGCCCUCAUGCCAUGCCCUCCCUGCCCAGUGGGUUGUAUCCUCCACAGGCCUCAGGCAUGGGACUCGACCUCCACGACGGCUGGAAUCAUCACAGAGCUGCUCAGGACCAUGUCAUAUGGAACCCCAACAUGGAGGACGGUGGUGUGCUGAGGACCGGCUUGGGCCAGCCUCUCCCUCCUCACCUGAUGGAGGAGCAGCUGAUGUUGCAGCAGCAGCAGAUGGAGGAGGACCAGCGUUGGCUAGAGCAAGAGGAGCGUUUAAUGAAACCAGACUCAAGGAAUUCCAGAGGCAGUAUAGACCGAGAAGACAGCAGUCUCCAGGGACCAACAGGAAACCAGCACAUCUACCAGCCAGUGGGGAAAGCAGAUCAUGCUGUUCCUCCUAAGAAGCCUCCUCGGCCUGGAGCCCCAGGUCAUGCAGGCAGUGCGGCCUGCCUUAACACUGCAGACAGCUACAACGACGGAGUCAAGAUCCAGCCUCAAGAGAUCAGCUCUCCCCCUACCGCUAAUCUGGACCGUUCAAACGAUAAAGUCUAUGAGAAUGUGACGGCGCUGGUGAAGGCUGUGAUCGAGAUGUCGAGUAAAAUUCAGCCUGCUCCUCCAGAGGAAUAUGUGCCAAUGGUGAAGGAUGUGGGUUUAGCCUUGAGGAAUCUACUGGCCACAGUGGAUGAGACGAUUCCCUUGCUGCCGGCUCACACACACCGAGAGGUCGAGAUGGCUCAGAAGCUGCUGAACUCUGACCUGGCUGAGCUGAUCAAUAAGAUGAAGCUCGCGCAACAGUAUGUGAUGACGAGCCUGCAGCAGGACUACAAGAAGCAGAUGCUAACGGCUGCCCACGCGCUCGCUGUUGAUGCCAAGAACCUGCUAGAUGUGAUCGACCAGGCCAGGAUGAAGAUGUUGGGGCAGGCAAGGCCACACUAGAGACAUUUGAGCCUGACUACUCACCAGCACAGAACUACUAAACUAGCACACAGACAGGAUGCUCAUAACACUCCACGUUCCCACUCCAGCCUGCUUGCCGGGGGCACAGCAGGGUUUUUUUUUAAAAGGAGUGGCAGAAUCAGGAGCUUUCAUAGUGGGAUCUGCAUUGGGACUGCUGUAUUAUACUAACAUACUAGGAGAAGAUCUGGAUUAACGAUGAGCCACUGGAACGGAAACGCCGUGUCAUUGUAUAGGUCUCUGGAGAACAGAAGACGUCCUCACACUGUAUUUACCAGUUCUGUAUCUCAUUGGCGAGCCUCUGCUCCACAACUACACUUAACAAAAUGGAGAACCAGCUCGACAAGGCCUCUAUGAACAUGCACCAGUGUUUGAUAAACUGUAAAGCUCUAAUCCAGUGUGUUUUGUCUGGAUGUGGAGCAAAGGCCUUAUUUGCCUCUCCACAACACUGAAGGAGAGGAUUGUAUAUUUUGGCCAUGUGCCAUCUAGGAUUAAAUAAAGCUAUGUCUGAAACAGAAGUAACAA